UUAACCACUUGCUGUCCGCCUGCUGUUUAUAAACGGCAGGGCGGUGCAGUCCAGAGGUGGGUUGCCGUUCAUAAACGGCACCCGCCUUUUCUAGCUGUGUGCGCUCCCUGGGAGCGUGCAGCACCACGAUCCGGUGCCCGCUGUGUCCUCUGGACACAGUGAAACACCAUGAUCUGGUGCCCGCUGUGUCCUCCGGCCAAUCAGUGAUCACUACGUGUGAAAUCUGUGAAUGAUCACAGAAGUCACAUGUUACAAGGCUAUUCACAACAGCCUUGUACCAUGUGACAAGCUGUGACCAAUCACAGCUCACUCAGUAC